AUGGCUACUACUACCGAGGUCAAGGCUAGCAAGGCGAACAUCGGUGUUUACACGAACCCCGCGCACGAUCUUUGGGUCGCGGAGGCGGAGCCCAGUCUGGAAGAGGUUCAGAGAGGAGGAGAUUUGAAGCCUGGUGAAGUCUUGCUCAAUGUCAAGAGCACAGGAAUUUGCGGCAGUGACAUUCACUUCUGGCAUGCGGGCUGCAUAGGACCUAUGAUUGUAGAAGACACACAUGUCCUAGGUCACGAAUCCGCCGGCACAGUAAUGGCCGUUCACCCCUCAGUUACCAACCUCAAGCCUGGCGACCGCGUAGCCAUCGAACCGAACAUCAUCUGCGGCGAAUGCGAACCCUGCCUCACUGGUCGCUACAACGGCUGUGAGCGCGUCCUCUUCCUCUCCACACCCCCCGUCACAGGCCUGUUGCGCCGCUACCUCAAGCACCCAGCCAUGUGGUGCCACAAGCUUCCCGAUAGCAUGACCUUCGAAGACGGUGCCAUGCUGGAACCCCUCUCCGUCGCACUAGCAGGAAUGGAUCGCGCAAACGUCCGCCUCGGAGACCCAGUCAUUGUAUGUGGCGCUGGUCCCAUCGGCCUUGUCACGCUGCUUUGCUGUCAAGCCGCGGGCGCCACACCCCUCGUCAUCACCGACAUUGACGAGGGCCGCCUGAAAUUUGCAAAGGAACUCGUUCCCAACGUGCUCACGCACAAGGUGGAAUUCAGCCACUCGCCCACCGACUUUCAGUCAGCAGUACUCAAGCUAACCGAGGGCAUCGAGCCCGCAAUUGCAAUGGAGUGCACCGGUGUCGAGAGCUCCAUCAACGCGUGCAUCCAGACUGUCAAGUUUGGCGGAAAGGUCUUUGUCAUUGGUGUGGGAAAGAACGAGAUGAAGAUUCCAUUCAUGCGAUUGAGCACUCGUGAGGUUGAUCUCCAGUUCCAGUACCGCUACUGCAAUACCUGGCCCAAGGCAAUUCGGUUAUACAAGAGUGGCGUUAUUGACUUGAAGAAGUUGGUUACCCAUAGGUUCAAGUUGGAGGAUGCGGUUGAGGCGUUUAAGACGGCGGCAGACCCAAAGACCGGGUGCAUCAAGGUGCAGAUUCAGAGUUUGGAUUAGGUGGUUGGUUGAUGAAUGUAUAUGAACGAGACGACGAUGACGAUGAUGAUGACUGUGGUGGUAUAUCUGCUGGGUGACUUGAGCAUCUAGAGAUACGGCGUUUUCUGAGGACUUUAGAAGAAUUGAUAGUACCCAAGUAACCAUUCUCGAUCCC